AUUCUGGCUGGCCGCAUUUCCUCGGCUCCCGGCUGCGGCGCCAUGGACGACGCGGUGGGCGACCUGAAGCAAGCGCUUCCGUGUGUUGCCGAGUCGCCCGCGGUCCAUGUGGAGGUUUUGCAGCGCAGCGGAAGCACUGCAAAAAAAGAAGAUAUAAAGCAGAGCGUUUACAGGCUGCUCAAGAGGCAUAACAUUGUGUUUGGAGAUUACGUGUGGACUGAGUUUGAUGAGCCUUUUCUAACUAGAAAUGUUCAGUCGGUAUCUAUUGUUGACACAGAAUUAAAGGCUAAAGACCCUCAGCCCAUUGAUCUGAGUGCAUGCACCAUUGCACUUCACAUCUUCCAGCUGAAUGAAGAAGGCCCCAGCAGUGAAAAUUUGGAUGAAGAAACAGAAAAUAUAAUUGCAGCAAGUCACUGGGUUUUGCCUGCAGCUGAAUUUCAUGGGCUUUGGGAUAGCCUCGUGUAUGAUGUGGAGGUCAAAUCACAUCUCCUUGACUAUGUGAUGACCACCUUACUAUUCUCAGACAAGAAUGUGGACAGCAACCUUAUCACCUGGAACCGGGUGGUACUGCUGCACGGUCCUCCGGGUACUGGAAAGACAUCCCUUUGUAAGGCAUUAGCCCAGAAACUGACCAUCAGACUGUCAAGCAGGUACCGGUAUGGCCAGUUAAUUGAAAUAAACAGCCACAGCCUAUUUUCUAAGUGGUUUUCAGAAAGUGGCAAGUUGGUAACUAAGAUGUUCCAGAAGAUUCAGGACUUGAUUGAUGAUAAAGAAGCUUUGGUGUUUGUUCUGAUUGAUGAGGUGGAGAGUCUUACAGCUGCUCGAAAUGCUUGCAGGGCAGGCGCAGAGCCAUCAGAUGCUAUCCGUGUAGUCAAUGCUGUGUUGACUCAGAUUGAUCAGAUUAAAAGGCAUUCCAAUGUGGUGAUUCUGACCACUUCCAACAUCACUGAGAAGAUUGAUGUGGCCUUUGUGGAUAGAGCUGACAUCAAACAAUAUAUUGGCCCCCCCUCUGCAGCAGCCAUCUUCAAAAUCUACCUGUCUUGUUUAGAAGAACUGAUGAAGUGCCAGAUCAUAUAUCCCCGUCAGCAGCUGUUGACCCUUCGAGAGCUGGAAAUGAUUGGCUUCAUUGAAAAUAAUGUGUCGAAGUUGAGCCUCCUUUUGAGUGAAAUUUCAAGGAAGAGUGAGGGCCUCAGCGGCCGGGUCUUGAGGAAACUUCCUUUCCUGGCUCAUGCGCUGUAUAUCCAGGCUCCCAGCGUCACCAUCGAGGGUUUCCUCCAGGCCCUGUCUCUGGCAGUGGACAAACAGUUUGAGGAGAAAAAGAAACUCUCAGCUCAUGUUUGAUCCCAGACAUCCAUAUCUGUGGUUUUCAAUGGACAGGUAGGAGGUGAUACCGUCUACCUCACAGUGUGCAUCAGAAAUGACUAAACCAUGUAGGUCUGCAGGCCAGGCCAGACAGAUGGGUGUACAGACUUUGUCAAAAGGACUGUUUGUGUUAUUUUACAAUGCACAUUGAAAGGCAAACUGCCUGUCUUUUUCACUGUUUUUAAAAGACAAUUGAUUCCAGUCUGUUUACAUCUAUGUAAAGCCCCAUCCUGACUCUAGCCUGUCAGACACAAGAUGUUAAAAUUUGUUUAAAAUAAAGGGAGAUCAAAACAGCUUUCCUAGAGCAAGAGGAGUGCUGAAUAAUGCAGUUACGGCACUGAAAGAUGGACUCUUGCUCCGGCUAGAAGGGAGCGGCUACUUCCUGGCAGGAGUCUGCUUCGGUUAGCACCGGAUGCUGUGGAAUGGGUGAGAAAGACGUGCUCCUGUGAUACAGAAACUGAGAAAAGGAUUGCAGAUAAGAAGAUAAAGACUUCUGUGAUAGCGAUCAGAUGUUGUGUUCAGAGGAGCAGUACGUACUUUCUAUGGUCAAGAGAAUCAGGCAAUGUGUGUUUUGUUUUUCCAGUAAUUUUACUCAUAUUUCAAGUGAAAAUUCAUGUUGUCAAAUAUAAAAUAAGUCAAUGUGUGUUGCACCUCACAGAAUACCAUGUUUUACUUCAUCUUCUGCUAAAAGUUUAGCAUUAAUACUUUGUACGUGAAUACACUUUUAAAUGGAAUGCUGCCUUUGUCAUAGAAUUUUUUGUAAUAUUAAACUUGUUUUCAGAAUGCGCUUA